AUGAAGGGUAAGUACAAAGGCUGUUUGGUAGCAGCUAGUGGCCAGGAUGGAAAUUUGCAGAUUUAUCCACUGGCCUUUGGGGUAGUGGAAGUGGAGAAUGAUGCUGGGUGGGUGUGGUUUUUGAAGAAUCUAUCGAAAUUUGUUCCAGAUGAAGAAGACCUUGUUUUUGUAUCUGAUAGGCAUGCUUCUAUCUAUUCUGCACUCGCAAAAGUAUAUCCUCUAGCACAUCAUGCAGCAUGCUCCGUUCAUCUUUUUCGUAAUGUUAAUCACAAAUUCAAAAGCGGCGGUCUGGCUAACCUUGUCUCAAAAGCAGGGAGAGCAUAUACAGUUGGUGAUUUCCGUUAUUGGUGGAGGCAAAUCGAGGAAACAAAACCAGAGUGUGCGGAGUAUCUACUUAAGAUUGGACUACCACAUUGGACACUUUCACACUUCCCUGGCAACCGUUACAAUUUGAUGAGUAGCAACAUCUCAGAGUCAUUGAACACCGCAAUGCAAAAGGCUGUUGAUUAUCCGAUAGUGUCAAUGGUAGAGUUAAUAAGAGCAAUGUUGAUGAGGUGGUUUUGGUGUAGAAGGACAUUCGCUGGGAAGACAAGGACAAGGUGUACACCAGAAAUUGAAGAAUUGUUGAUUGACCAUCUGAAGGAGUCACUCAAUUGUGCGGUCAAUGGAGCUACUGACUGGAUUUACCAAGUGAACGACGGGAUUGGGUGUGAGUUUACAGUUGACCUUGAGAAAAAACAUGUACUUGCAGGGUUUUUGACGUACUUAUGGUACCUUGCUGUCACGCUCUGGCUGCUGGUCGAAUAA